GAACUGAAUAUUGCAUUUAAUUCUGUUGCGAGUGUCAUAUAAAUAUUCAGUGGCAAUGGCUUUCAAGGCGAAAAAUGAGUCAAUAAGCUGGCAGAACUUGGAGGGCUGUUUGCCUGCGUGGAGCCGAAGGUAUCAGCGCAACACGACGGGCCACUACCGCGAGGAGCCGGUGAGCAAACUGAAUGAGUUUGAUAUAGAGAUCGAGGAUCGUCUCUGGUCUCUGUGGGGCAGUCUUCAUCCCGAGGCGCCUGUGUUUCCGAGCAAGUUUCGUGGACGUCAAUACUUGGCCAUCUACGUCGUCGCCUGCUGUGCGGCCAGCGUGUUCAACCUGAUGGACUGGAGCGGUCGACUGCUGGACACGAUCGUUGUGAAUGGCAACAAGUACUUCGAGGAGAGUUGUGCUCAAAUAAAGGCGAAGGACUACGAGUUCUCACUGGAGAACCUCAACAUUGACUGCACCCUGGAGUCGAUCAAGUUUGUGGUUCACAUCGAGCACGUCUGCUACGGAAAGCUCUAUUGCGUGCCCACCUUCAAUCGCAUGAACCUCUCCGAGGCACUCAGCUACUUCUUCGCGCACUAUCGAUUCGGCAUUGUGAAGGUGCGCAAGCGUGCCCUGGCCAUUGGCCUCUGUCCGGACCCGGGCGAGGGUUACUUCAUGUACGACUGCCAGGCGAAGGAUCUACCGCUGUUCCCCAAGCAACAGGGCGCCUCGUACCUGCUCCGCACUCGGCAUCUGCAGGUGCUGCUCUACUGCAUCGUAGUCACACUGGAUGUGCCCAUCACCAACGUUAAGUUUAGCAUUCACAAGGUGGAGAUGAUGCGCGAGGGCGAGGAGGAGGUGCCAGAGCCGUUGCAGAAGACCAAUAAAAAAGUGAAGCAAUAGCGAUAGGCAUUGGGCUGUUAUAUGUCAGUAUUAUGUAAGAAACAGAUUUGUUAAAUAG